AUGAACGCACCUGAUCGUUUCGAGCUCUUCUUGCUCGCCGAUGGCGAGAAGAAGAUUGAGGAGAAGGUUUAUUCUGGCAUGUCCAACACCUCCGACUUUAUUCUAAAGAAGGAGGAUCACACGCUGGGCAACCUGCUCGCUGAGCACCUCAAAGCCCACCCCAACGUCUACAUGGCAGGAUACAAGAUUGCUCAUCCUAAUGUUCCUGAGCUCUAUAUCCGCGUUCAAACAGACGGAACCAUUUCACCACGCGACGUUUUCACAUCAGUAUGUGAAAAGCUCAUCAACCAACUCGAGAUGUUGUAUCAAGAGUUCACUCGCGAGUGGGAGCUGAGACGAAUCACCAACACUGGAGACCAGGGUAAUAUGCCAUCGAAUGGCCAUUAG